UUACGGGUAACGGUCGAUGUCUGUGUUGUCGCUUGUGGCUCACAUUACAGCUUCUCCCUCCUCUGUCUUUGAGCUCUUACUGCUCCAGGGUAAUGGGCUGAAGCCAGCAUCCCUCCGUGAACAACACUUCAAAAACACACAUUUGUUGUCAUAUCUCCACGACAGUAGUGUGCAACUCUUGCUGCUGUGGUUAAGUGAAAGACACCUUGCCAGGUCUAUCACAGCCAUUAUAAACCUGAACAUUCUAUACAUCUUACAUAUUAAAAGGCGACAAAUGUAAAUUGCUCUUGUUACACAAACAUUAAGGGUUUGUGUGGGUAAUGAUGGGCAUUGCGGUGCGUGGAGUGAGUGCAGUAGUAGCAGCUGUCAGCAUACUACUGGCGGCAGCCUACAACCUAGACCUAGAGAACCCUAUGCUACUGCAGCCUGCAGACCAGUCAGGCAUACACUUCGGCUUUUCCCUUGCUCAUCUCUACGACGGCACACACAGACGGCUGCUGGUGGGAGCUCCUCGUGCCAACACCAGCAAGGAGCUGCAGCGACCAGGGGCGCUGUACUCCUGCCACCUCGACACUUCCACUGACAAGUGUGAACAAGUGACAGUGAAGCAAGACAAGUACAGGGAGUGGAUCACUGAAGAUAUACAGGAUGACCAAGGCCUUGGCUUCUCACUGGCUUCUGACGGCAAAGAAAAUAUUGUGGUGUGUGCACCUCGCUGGCACGUACACGAACUCUCAGGAUCUCGAGCCAAGGACUUACCACUGGGAAUAUGCUUUGCUAAAAGAGGCAGUGAACCUGAGUUUGAGUCUUUCUCACCACCCUAUGCGUUCUCUGCUGUGCAAGACAUCAGUUACCUCAACAAUGGUUCAUGUCAGUUUGGGAUGAGUGUAGCUCAUGGUAAGGGCGAGCAAUCUUUCACGGUGGGCUCUCCUGGCUGCUGGAACUGGCAAGGUGACACGUGGGAGAUGGAUUUAGAGCAGUCGCUAGAGAGCGUCACUUCUCUGAGACGAGUGAGCCAUCUCACCCUCCAGGACGUUGAUCAGAUCUACGACGCCAGCGCGAGCUCCCCGCUACCACUUUAUACUACAGUGACGGAUCUGUAUCUGGGCUACAGCGUUGCCGGCAUAAUAUUUGGCGGUGCUCCUGCCAUAGUGUCCUCAAUGCCACGGACUGUAAGCACCAGGCAGCUGAAAGUCGAUGACAGGGACACUAUUCUCGGCCCCAUCAUCUACAUACUUCAGCAGGAUACCUUUAACCAAAAUAAACUGAACGUUAUGGAUAAAAUGAAGCCGCCGGAGACCUCGAGUAACGACAAGGACACAGGAGAUACCAAAUUCACAUUUUUUGGUUACUCUCUGACCACACUUGAUGUUAAUGGUGAUGGACUGGAGGACGUGGUUGCAGGCGCUCCUUUCUACUACGCCUCAACUAACUACGACCAAGGGGCUAUUUUCGUGUAUAUGCAGAAAACAUUCCACUUGCCAGGAGACGUUAGCCAGCAACUGGGAUAUCAGAUGGAGGGAGAGAAGACUGCAGCUCCUAGGAUGGGUAGUGGGCCUCAUGGUCGCUUUGGAAGCUGCGUGGCCGCUCUGGGAGACAUAGAUAACGACGGCUACCAUGACGUGGCCGUAGGAGCGCCGUUCCUGCCUGACGGUGGAGCUGUCUUCGUCUACAUGGGCUCCAGCAACGGUCUUGAGAAGGAACAUAAGCAGGGUCGAAAGUGGUGCUUAGUUUAAUCUGGACUCUGAACUUCAGUAGCUUCAUGGACCUGACCAGUGAAAAUUGUACCUAUAAAAACCAGAGAUAUUCUUGUGUUCAGGUCUCUGUCUGCCUCAACUAUCACAAGAUAAAUGAUAACAAAUUAGACGCCCAGACAUUAGACUUCAUCUUCAGUCUGAGUGCCGACAAGGCGAAGCAACGCCUCCUGUUCAAUACUGGUUCAUCAAGCGUAAAUGACGUGAUGCUUGGGGUGCCGGAAGACACUGAAAGAUGCCAAACAUACGACAUCUUGGCCAAACCUGACAUACAGGACGUAGUGAAGCCAUUCCCAAUUAAAGGAGAAAUAAGCCUUAUCAGUACGGACAACAAGGUGAUGUUGCACCCAUCGAGCGAGGUCUACAAGGAGGUGGAGCUAGCUAUCCAGGUGCACUGUGCCAGUGAAGAUGUUCGUCUCUGCCUCAGUGAUGUCAUACUGAAAUAUAAUAUAGUGAAGAACUACACACUGAUGGCCUCACAACCUAUAGAGAUCUCCUUCGUGGUGGAGAACCGGGGUGAGACAGCCUACAACACUCUCUUUAUGAUUGACAGUUUUGGUGAUCUACUUCUGUCUGAGUCAACGAGUAACAUUGUGUGUCAGAUCGUGCUGGCCAACAUACACUGUAAUAUAGACUCCAUCUUCACCAAUAACUCUAAAGUAAGUUCCAUUAUUCUCUCAGCAUAUUUUUCAACUUGUUAUAGUAGUUUCAUUCAAGAUAAAGCCUAUAGAGUGUGCAGUCCGGAGUUCCUAGAUGAAGAAAUUAAGAAAAUAUUUGACAUUGGCAUGAAACUGCGGCAUCCUAAGGUGUUUGUGGAAUCUGCCUUGCUGACAGCUAAGAAAACUUAUUGUAGAACAGAACCUAAGGUAACACCUCAGAGUAAGAAUGUGCUGGUCCUCCCAUAUAACGAGAAUUUAUCUAUCCUGCCAAAUGCUCUUAGAAGAUUAAAUAUUCAAGUAGUAUUUAAAAAUUCACGGACUGUUAGAAGCAUCCUGAUGAAGAAUGCAUCCCAACAACGUGUCGGUGGUAUCUACAAAGAUGGUUGCAAUGGCUGCAGCCUAUCCUAUCUGGGACAAACUGGAAAGUCAUUGGAGGUGAGAAUGUCCCAACACCGUUAUUCGAUACGUAUAGCAAAGGAGUCAAACGCGAUUUUCAACCAUAUUAAAGCCUGUAAUAACCCAGCAAACUGCCAGGAACCAAGAGUCAUCUUCCGUUGUUCCUCUUGGCUUGAAACAAAUAUUGUGGAAUCGGCAGUUAUUAAGCAUGAGAUCUCCUUCGUGGUGGAGAACCGGGGUGAGACAGCCUACAACACUCUCUUUAUGAUUGACAGUUUUGGUGAUCUACUUCUGUCUGAGUCAACGAGUAACAUUGUGUGUCAGAUCGUGCUGGCCAACAUACACUGUAAUAUAGACUCCAUCUUCACCAAUAACUCUAAAGUGGAGUUCAGAUUAUGGCUGAUACCUUCGGCUAACUUCUUCAGCUCCUUGAGGACUCACGAGGCAGUCUUCAACAUGACAGCCAACGUGACCACCACCUCGGGAGUGACCAACCCAGCUGCGGCUCACACCACCUUCCAAAUCCCGAUCACAGUGACGCCAUCGUUGGAUUUAACGAAAGAAGCUUCAGUACCUGGUGUAGUAGAGUACAACAACUCGAUCUACUUCAAGACUCCAUCAGAGGCUACGUCUGAAGAAGAACUGGGAAACGAGAUCAAACACAAGUUCAAGAUCUUCAACGGCAACAAGUUCUCUAUUUACGCAACAGAGGUCACCUUAAUGUGGCCACUCAAAAUUGACGGAAUGUAUCUCCUUUACCCGAUGGGAUACCCAAGUAUCACUGGGGUCCGUCCUGAAUACUGCGUCUUUACUGGGGAGGAGCUCAAAUUUAUGGAAAGCUCGUCUGAUAAAGGUUAUCAAGAAAGACUAGACACAAGAACUCUUACAAUGCUUGACAAGAAUGUUCCUGGGUCAGUAGUGGCUGGCAAGAACACCGAGUAUGCCUUGUUUAACUGUUCUUUUGGAGAACUUGGAGAGAAAGAGGAAGUAUACAUCCAACUAAGAUAUCGUUUGGUACAAAGAACGAUAGAAAAGCUGGAAGUUGGUAGUGACUUACAGAACAUCUCAUCACGAGCAGAACUGAAGAUGCUGCAGCUUCCUCUCAGUGCUGAUCCUCCGUCUGGCUCUUACGUCUCAUACAUCUUCACUGAGAUAUCAUACAAGGAAGGUUCACCAAAAUUUGCGGUGGCUUGGUGGGUGUACUUAGUCUCAAUACUGGGAGGUCUACUUUUGCUUGUUCUCAUCGCUCUUAUAUUGUGGAAGUGCGGCUUCUUCAAGCGCAACCGUCUUAAGCAACCUGACAACUUGAGCCAAAAAGAGAAAAAGGGAGAAGAAGAGGAGGAGGAGGAGGAGGAAGACAACCCAGUAACUCCUCACACACCAAUGUUAAAGAUGACUGAGAAUGCCAGUGAGGACUUCCAGUUCAGUACAAAUUAAUCACUCUUGGCGUUACAUAACUAACCAGACAUGAUAGUUACUUCGAGGGAGUCUACCCAAGGUGAUACAACUUUUUCAAGUGACUCUGAGAGCUGACAAGUUCCGCCUAAGAUGAUUAGUUCUGCAGAGAAUGUUUAUCUCAAGUGUCGAGAGAGUCGCAUACAAGAGGAAAUUAGUGGUACAUAAACUGGAUUCACAUAAUACAUAGACACUCUCACUGCUGAUCUCGAGUAAGAGAAUCUCAAGGUCAGUAGUGAACAAGAACUGGAUAAUUGUACUGCAUUAUCUGUAUAUAAUAAAAUGCGCAAUUACAUUUUUUACUUUAUCUUUAUUGACAGUGAUGUAGGUAAAUGGUCCAGAGAACCGACACCUUGAUGAAUUACACACUUGUGCAACACUUGCGUAUUUUUAUUGUGGAAACAUUUCUCCAUCCAGUGGUUUUCUCAGUCCAGUACAGAGAAGAAUGGUUGAAGAUCAGGGGAGUUCGAGGUAAUCAGUCCCUCAGUCUGGAGUCAAUGUGAUUGGUCCAUCACAUCUUUACAAGAUUGAUGGGUUGAUCACAUUGACUCCAGGCUGAGGGACUGAUUACUCAGACCCCUUCUGAUCUUCAAGCAUUCUUCUCUGUACUGGACUGAAGAAGCCACUUUAUAGCGAAAUGUUUCCACAGCAAAGAUACCCAAGUGUUUCACUAGUGUCUAUUCACCAACUUUGUCUUCACACUGAACGUGACGACCAGGACGAGAUACUUUAUAACACAACAACAGCCAGAAUGUAAAAGUCUCAUUAUUAAUACAUUUUGUUAACUAUGAGUGUUGUUAUCAUCGGUCUCACGAUCAUCUACUCGGAAUUUUUGUAAAUCAAAAUAUGAUUUUGAAUGAAUAAUUUACACUAGACAUUUUAAUUAAGAUUUGCGAACAUUUGGAUGUAAAGAUUAUCUAGUUAAGUCUCAUAACUUUUUAUUAUAGCAUGAAAAUAUAGUUAAUAUUUUUGAGAAUGAUUAUGAGGGGUUUCACAAUGUGUUUUUUUUUCUGAUGUAUUGAUUUUUUUGCUGAUUAUAAGGAAUUUUUUAUGUAUCUUAAAAAUUUCCUGAUUUGAAGAAUUUGUAAUUAAUAUAAAGGUUCAAUAUUUCGACAUUUAGGCUAAUUUUUUAUUAUAAUAAUGUGUAAUACAAAUUCUUGAAGUUACACAGGAUAUAUACACUGGGAAGUAUAUUUCUUUCAGAGUAUAUAUGCUGAGUCUUUAUUUUAAUCCCUAUUUAAGAGAUUAAAGUAUUUAUGAUUGGUGGUGAAGAAAUUAAGUGCAGCUUGAAUGACCGUGGUGUAGUCGAUAGGCUUCAAACUUCAUUAACCAAUCUUUGAUUUUUUAGAAAUAAUUAGAAUAUCAUUUAUUCAUUAGAUAGCCAUGAUAUGUUUUGAUGACAGUGUGUGCAGGGAAUAUAUGCAGGAGUCUUGUGCAGGGAGUAUAUGCAGGAGUCUUGUGCAGGGAGUAUAUGCAGGAGUCUUGUGCAGGGAGUAUAUGCAGGAGUCUUGUGCAGGGAGUAUAUGCAGGAGUCUUGUGCAGGAGAAAUGCAGGAGUCUUACUUGUGGUUUGAUACCGUUGAGAUGCUAGGGUGAUUUAAGACUGCACUGUACCUGUGAACCACCAGUCAAGGAUGACAAGGAAUUAACACGUCAAGUUCCCGGAAUAGAUGGAAACAGAUACAGAGAAGCGUAUAUAUAUAAUAACAUUACACCUCGUUACAUACACUAGACUGUUUCACACUCUUCCCUAGAUUUAGUUUUUGCAGAGACACGUAAAAUGUAGCGAAUGGACUGUUUUGCAGUUGUAAAUAACGUGUAGUAAUGUUUCACCUCUUAUUCUCAGCGUAACACAAAAUUCUCAACGUCGGAAGGCAAUUGUAUCAUUAUAAACUGUUGAUCAUACACUUCCCUCUUCAUUCAUUUAGGCUGAGCUUCGCCCUCUCUAAUAUUUCUUGGUGUAAUGCCCGUCUGUGCUUUAUGUACAACAUUAUUACUGAGUUAGUUUGGUACUAAUAACUAAAUCACAUGAUUUAGAUUUGGCUUAAAUGUAAAUUAAUCCUAAGUAUUUAAUUAAUCUUAUGUAUUUCAACUCUGUAUCUGACGGGAUGGUGAGGUUCCAUUACGUCAUUGAGUUCUCGGCUUCUAUAAGCCAACUUACUGUCUCUCUCUCUCUCUCUCUCUCUCUCUCUCUCUCUCUCUCUCUCUUUUUUUUUUU